AGUAGAGCUGAUAUCAACCAAACAUUGACAGACCUUAUCAUGGCUGCCUCCAUAGAAACGACCUUGACCCCAGAACGACUAAUUCAAGAACUCAUCUUAUUAUUGACCGUUUUGCAUUGUAGAGUAGGCAUGGAAAUUGGUGCCUAUUUUCUACAGACUGUUAUUACUAAGUUAGAUGAAGAAUUAUGUAAAAGUAAUUAUGGUAGUGGUAAAACUGUAGAAAAUAUCCUUAUGAUUGUCACAACCUUGUAUAAUUACCAGGUGAUUCACAGUAGUUUGAUAUUUGAUAUUGUACACAAAUUGAUGGAGAAUUUUACAGAGAGAGAUAUUGAGUUGUUAUUGUUUAUUAUUAAAAAUGUUGGGUUCAACCUACGUAAAGAUAAUCCUGUUCAACUGAAAGAAAUAAUACAACAGAUGCAAAGUAAAGCCACAGAAACUGAGAAAACCGGCAAAGUGGAGAAAAGUCGAAUACAGUUCAUGUUAGAUAUAAUUCUAGCUAUUAAAAAUAACAAUAUGAGAAAAAUACCUAAUUAUGAUCCUACGCGUAUAGAACAUUUGAAACAAGUGUUGAAUAAUAUAGUCAAAGGUAAUGGCCCAUCCAGUAAUCAGAUCUGUAUAACUUAUCAAGAUUUAUUACAAGCUGAUAAUAAUGGUAAAUGGUGGUUGGUAGGUUCAGCUUGGUCUGGUAGAGAUACAGAUCACAACCACUCAGGUAUAGCAGAUUCCAGUAGUAAAAUGUUGAGUGAAGCUAAUGCCACAUUAUUAAAGUUAGCUCAAAAACUCAGAAUGAAUACGGAUACCAGAAAAUGUAUCUUUCUUAUUCUUAUGACAAGUGAGGAUUUUGUGGAUGCCUUUGAGAAAUUAUUGAAAUUAGGACUGAAGAAUCAACAAGAAAGGGAAAUAGUUCAUGUCAUAAUGUCAUGUUGUCUGCAAGAGAAAGACUAUAAUGCAUACUAUUCCUAUAUUGUACAGAAAUUCUGUCAAUUUGACAGACGUUUUCAGAUGACCCUACAGUAUUAUAUUUGGGAUAAGUUUAAAGAAAUGGGCAAUCUAUCUUUAAGGCACAGUAAUAAUUUAAUACAAGUUAUAAAUCAUCAGUUAGGACAUCAGGCCAUUACAUUAUCAAUAUUAAAGGUUGUUGAGUUCGGAACUCUAGACAAACCCAUGGUGAAUUUCCUUAAACAAUUAUUAGAACAAUUACUAUUGACCAAUUCUCAAGAUGUGAUCCAAUCUAUAUUUCAUAAAGUUGCAGCAAAUGACAAAUUAAAACAUUUACAAGAAGGACUUAAAUUAUUCUUAGUGCACUUUCUAAAGAAGAAAAAGAUUAAAAGUGAAGCUGGUGAAGAAUUGUUAUUAAAAAUUGAUCUUGCUGAGAAAGCUUUGAGUGAAGGACAGAGAAAUUUAUUGUUAUAGUUAAAAAUUAUUAUUAGGGAUUGGGACUUAAAAUAAAACAAUUUCAAGUAAUAAGCGAGAGUUUCCUUUUCAUUAGCAAGCUACAUUUGUUCACUGGGGUAGAGAUCCAAAGCUCUAUCAGCUAGUUGUUUUAAAAUCUGCUUAUGAUUUUCCAAAUAUGUAGUUCAGUCCAACUUGAUAGUUUGAUUGAUUGUGAGGAUGAUUAUGGGCCCAAAAUGUAUACCUGUACUUUGAUAUGUCACAAAACUGGGAAAUCUAUGAUAAUCUGAAACAUUUUAAAGAUCAAAGAUAUUGACAUCUAUAUCAUAAUAAAUUUCAAUUCCUGUGUUCACAGGGGAAAAUGACAAAGGGACAGGAACGACAUACCCUGUUAAAUAAACAUUAACUCAAAAAUUUAGACAAUUAAGUCAUCUAUAAAAUAUUUUUCUUCAAAAAAUCACAGGUGUGUAAGAAUUGGAUAAUUUUAUAACAAAAUAUUGACCAGUAUUUUCAUUUAGAUAUUUCCACAAAGACAUUUAAAAGAAUAUAGUCAUCUAAACAUUUGCUUUACCGGCUGAUUUGAUAUGUGUAUCACUUUUCUGAAUGGAAUAUCAAAGUAUAAUAGAUUCUUAGAAAAAUGGAUUGAAAUUAACAUUCUUAAAUUAAUUCAUUUAUACUGACCAACCAAGUAUG